GCAGGCUCCAGUGGCAGAUACAAACCUGCAUCCUACAGGCUCAGCAGACGCACGCUCUGAUCAACACAGAAAGUCACCAUGAACUGCAAACUGGCGGUUGCCGUCUUCAUUGUCCUCCUGGCUGCUCUGACCGUUACGGAGGGAAUGAGCAUGAGAGGCCUGGGAAUGGAAUUGAGGUGCCGCUGCAUCCAAACCGAAAGCCAGCGCAUCGGCAGGCUCAUCGAAAGUGUGGAGAUCUUCCCUCCCAGCCAGCACUGCAAGGACACUGAGAUCAUUGCAACCCUGAAAGGGACUGGACAGGAGAUCUGCCUGGACCCCAAUGCUCCCUGGGUCAAAAGGGUCAUCGAGAGAAUCCUGGCAAACAGAAAACCCUGAAGCUGAGAAGAGGAAUGUGAAAAAAUGAAGUUCAUCCGAACCUCCAGUGUUUCCAGUGCAUCCAAAAUAGAAAGUGUUAUUUAUUUAAGUGUUAACGUGUUAAUAUAAAUAUAGUGUUAAUAUAUUGUUAAUAUAAAUGUUUUUGAUUUUAUAUAAAUUAUUACUACAGUUGGUUAUCAUAUUUAACAAAAAGGAGGCUAGCACAGUGGGUAAGAUUGUUGCCUGUGGCAAAGUGGUGGUAUACUCUAGACAGGGUGUGAAAAAGCAAGUUGAUUCAAAGCAAGAUACUUUGUACACAGUGUUUUACUGUGAGCCAUCUAAUACUUUUCAAGUGAAUGUGUCAUAUUGACAUCGCAUAUAAAAAUUACUGACACCAAAAGAACAUAAUUUAAAGCAUAAUUGCCAUUAUUUUGUAAUUUUUUUUUUGGCAGAAAUUUGUCAAAUUUUUAUUAUUUUUCUUAUAUAUUUAUUCACAUUUUAUGUACCGUGAUAUUCCUGAAAGUUUGUGAUUAAAUUAUUUUUUCUGGUA